UUAAAUCUGUUUAUUAUAUUUCUUAUAUCAGUAUUUUUUUAUAUAGUUUGUAGUUUUUUAUCAGCCUUUUCUCUACCCCUAAAUUAUCUCUCAUCAAAAAAAAAAAAAAAAAAUAGUUUCCUCUAAACUUGUGCAUCAAAACAACACUUGCGAGACAAGUGUAAAUAAAUAAAUGUGUAAAAUGUAUAAGAAUAUAAUUAGAUCGUAAAAAAUAUUUUUUUUGAUGAAUAAAAAUCCUCCACAAAUAAUAGUCGUUAGAACAACUAUGUGUUCAGAAAUACAUCAGAUAUAUUUCCGCUAAUGUUAAAUUAAAAAAUAUUUAAUUCCUAUAAGAUAUGUAUGUUUAUGUAAAUGAGAUGUAUCAUUGUUAAUAAAUAUACAUUUAUUUUCAAUACGAUACUAUUAAUCUUACAUUCUCUUGCUUAUAAAAUACAGCCAUAUAUACGUAUGUGUGUAUGUGUGUGUGUGUGUGUAUAGGCUUGAAAUUGCAUUUAACGAUGUUUCUUUGUUUUGAAAUGACUUAUAUAAUUUUUAAAUUUUCAGCAAUGUCACACAAAUAGUGUAAAUUGAACAACAUGACUUGGGACGAGAUAAAACGUAAGAUUUCCGUGCCAAUAUAUUGCACGCUCACACUCUGUAUAUUUCUGGCUGAUAUAUUAAUUGAUGAAAAAAAAUAAAAACAAAAAGAAAAUCAAGGUAAAUAGAAAAGAGUUUUGUGUAACAAUAAUCUUGUCAACCUUCGAUAAAAUUUGUCAAGCGUGUGAUAUUUUUUAAAAUAUAAAAUAUAAAAUAGCUUAUAAAAUGUGCAACCGGUAGUUUGCUUUAUGUGCCAGCGUAAAUAAAUGAAGAUGGAAGUGUUAAACGACGUGCAAUUGUGUCAACGGGAUAAUACAUUCGAUAAAUUGUCCGCGAUAACCGCUCGGCAAGCUCGUAGACGCGUAAUUCUCUUCGACGAAGCGUCAGUGAAUGAACAUACCAUCGAGAAAACGGUGAAUCAGUCCGCUGUCACAUUCAUGCGGAAUUUCGAGAAGGUCUCUAAACUGGAUAUCAGAGAUAAGAAAACGAAUAUUGAUCUUAAAAAUGCAGAGGAACUAGAUCAGCAAACUCCACUUGAGAAUCCUGCGACUUUAAAAAAUAUUGGUCACAAAGCAAAUAUUAAAGUUUCCUCGCCGAUCAAUCCAGUUGCGUUGAACGCAGUCACACACGAGCUACGGCCCAAGUUACGUCUGACUGAACCUGCAUCGGAUUUACCUGCGGGCACAAUGCCGUCGAAGAAAGCAGCUCCGGAAAACGUCAGCGUGAAGACUAUGCAGAUGGAAGUUUCGCCGAUCGACUCGUUCACAUCGCUCGAGGCAACCGCUAUAUCGCACGUGCUCGUGGAAUGUUUAGAUCAGCUCGCCAUACUCAGAUUCACGAUACCAGCCGGUGUCGAUUCACGCUGGGACGAUUCGUUUAAGACGGUCGACAAGAUUUACGGAGCGCCCGACGAGCCUGUAACGAUCUUCAGGGAAGAAAUGGGCUUGUUGCCGAUCGUGCCCACGGAGGCUGAAAAGAUGCAGAGGGACAGAAACUACGUGUACAAGGUCCUCGAGAAAGUUCUUCGCGACCUAAAAGAAAACAGAAGAUUCGACAGUCUGCGGGAAGAAAUAAAUAACAUUGCAAAACAACAACAAGGCGAACGUAAUCUGAAAGCGAGCGCGCGUAUGUGGCACAACCAAGCUGAGCAGCUUCGGGAAUUGCUCGAAUCCGACGGACGAGCGAACGAAGACGACAGAUUAAGAACAAUAAGACUCGCGCAAGAAACCGACGCUCAAGUUGACCAAGCGUUAUUCUUGAACAGCGGAAAAUUAGAUUACACGGAAAAAUGGGCGAACGCCAGACUGGAGCAACAAGAGCUCAAACUGUACUUGGAAAAGAUGAACAUGUUGAACAAACUGAGCGAUUGUUCGAAGGAAUAUAACGCGGAACAAAUCAUCUCGGCAGAAAUAAACGUUCACGUGGAAAACGAUAUCAAGGAGAAGGAAGAGCGGAUAAUCGAGUGGACGGGGAAAUAUAACGACGAGAUUGAGGAACGGCAGCAGGAAAUAGACGAGCUGAGAAGACUAAUAGAAGAUCAACAAUUCGAGAUAAAGAUGAUGCGUACUUUGAAGAAAGACGGCCGGGAACUGAUCGACGAAGAGACGAGAUUGUACAACGAAGCGAGACGUCGCGAGAGAUUGAACGAAGCCGCAACGAUUAUUCAGUCGCUGUGGAGAGGUUUCAUGGUCAGAAACAAAUUGGGGAAGUACAAAUAUCUACGGAGAUUGGGAAAACGGAAGAAGAAGAAAAAAGGAGCGAAGCGAGGAAAGUAACGAGAUAACCUUGAAAAGAAAGAGAUAUAGCACGCGAUCUAUAGUGAGAAAAAAAUGUUUGGAUAAAAAAAAAAAAAAAAAAAAAACACAAUCUUUGCGUAAGUAAACAACGAAAAACUUUUAAUAUUAUAUUGGAAAGAGAUUCUCUUUUUUGCGCUCUCUUCGCACACACACACACUUUUUAAUAAUAUCUACCGAGAUAUAUCUAUAUAAAUUAAUCAAUAUAUUUUUAAACAAAUAUCAGAGAUACACAUUAUUUACACUUGCAAUAAGAGUUCACGCUCACACUCAUGCGACCUCAUGACAAGCGCGCACAGCAUCGUUUAUUUUUGUUUUUUUUUUUUUUUUUUUUUUCUUAAUCACAUAUAUAUAUAUAUAAAUAUGUUAUCGGGUACGAAUAUUUCGCAGAAAAGAAAAGAGAACGGAAAAAAGUUACACCGCUAUAAAUACAAUCUUGAACGUAUUCGUACUCGAUAAGAGCUCGCGUCUUUUAGGAAAUUUACUCGAUUUUACAUCUAAUUGUUACAUAUUCUCGAGCUAAAAGACGAACCCAACGGCCACUGAAGUCAAAUCAGUGGCGGCGCGAUCUGAUCACCGUUACACACUCACGUUUGUACUCGCGGGAACGAUCACAAAUUGUAUCAGUGAUACAGAUCGAGAUAGUAGACGAUAAAAAUACACGCGACGAAAAAUUGAUGCGAAUAGAUAUCCGUUAUUCAGUCUGUAUGCGUGUAUGCACGCCGCGUCAAGGAAAUUCGCGAAAACUGCAUAAGAGACAUUGCAACACCGCGUUUUUUUUUUUUUUUUCUUUUCUUUUUUGUUGUACACCGAAAAC